CAGGCGAUUAAUGCGUGUUGGCUCUGCGCCUGGCCCGUCCAAGAAAAAGGCGGAUGAGAAUAUCCAUACGUCUGAACAACAUCAUCCACAUCCCGGAUCUUAAGACCAUGUUUGAUAUAUCCGUACCCGAGCUGAUGGGCCACGAUAGUCCCAACAUACAUUACCUAUCAGAUAUGCAUACGCCAAGUGUAACAUUCGUGGCAUUGGACUCGCAGGGCUCCUUGUUAUUGAUCAAAAGCUUUGCUAGAGUCGUUACAACGGCGACGACUUCGCCGGCAAUCUUUCAAUAUGUCAAAAAAAGGGUUAGGCUUCAGGAUAAUGGUUUUGACGUACAACUCAUGGACCAGUUCCUUGUUAAGUCACAUGUCAUCUUUCCUUUCUGCUGAUAUGAACCUAAACUUUGGC